AUGGCAGAUUCCAAAGGCGGCCACUCGGCCCAAUUCGACCCAACGUCACUCGACGCGAAGCAGCACGGCAUCGCACGAAAUACGAUCGACGAGCAGAAAUCCAACUACGGCGUCAAGACUUCGGUAGACCGCGACGUCGGAGGAAAGAUGUUAUCCACCAAAUCGUCGACUGGGAUAUACAGUUUGCCCGAAAUCAGUAGUGGUGGACAGUCGCUGAGUGACAGUGUGAAUGAGGCGUUGGAAGGGCGGACGGGAGUGGCGCAGGGCAAGGCACAGAAGAUUGACCAGAGUGUGAAAGUCGGGGCCGAAGGACACUUGCACGACAAGGCUGCCGCGAAGCAGCCGUGA